CUUAACGUGGGUUGGCUCUGUGAUUUGCAACUAAUUAUAUACUACAUAUAAUAUAUACCUAUUUGCAGAAGCCUACUGCAAUUGAGCUGAAUCCUAGAAAACAGGUUCCAUUCGGCCAUGGCGGCGACGGCGAGCAACGUGGUGGCGGUGCCCUACCCCGGCCGCGGCCACGUCAACGCCAUGAUCAACCUCUGCAAGCUCCUCGUCCGUUCCUCGCAGGGCAAUCUCCUCAUCACGUUUGUAGUCACCGAAGAAUGGUUAGGGUACUUACAAGAGACCGAGGAGAAGCUUCUUGCCACCAUUCGCUUCGCCACCAUCCCCAACGUAUUGCCGUCGGAGAUCGGUCGCGGCGCUGACAUGCUCAACUUCAUCACUUCUGUUCAGACGAAGAUGGAAGAGCCAUUCGAGAUGCUGCUCGACCGCCUCGACGCGCCGGUCAGUUUAAUCAUCGCCGAUACGUUCUUAAACUGGCCGGUCGAGUUAGGCGAUCGGAGGAAUAUCCCGGUGGCGCUGCUGUGGCCAAUGUCUACUUACGUUUUCUCGAUAUUAUACCAUUUUGAUCUACUCGUCCGCCAUGGCCAUUACCCUUUCGUGUUAUCUGAGAGAGGAGAAGAGCGAUUGGAUUACAUACCUGGAAUCCAAUCGAUUCGCCUCGCGGAUAUUCCGGCGCCGGCGCGUUUGGAGGAUUCACGCCUGCUCGAUCGGAUCCUUCCAGUUUUCCGUAAUGUAUCGAGGGCGAAAUACUUGCUGUUCAAUUGCAUCAACGAGCUCGAAUCCGAAGCCAUAGAUGCACUCAAGCAGGAACUCAAAUCACAAAUUUACACACUAGGCCCCAUAAUUCCUCACGUAAAUCUUCAGAAACCUUCUUCUUCCCCAAACACUUACUCCGACUGGUUAGACUCGCAACCUCGAAGCUCUGUCCUGUACCUCUCAUUAGGAAGCUACAUCUCUGUUUCGUCGGCUCAAAUGGACGAAAUCGCCGACGGUCUCCGGGAGAGCGGAGUGAGGUUCCUGUGGGUGGCGCGUGAAGAUGCGACGCGACUGCAGGAGAGAUGUGGAGACGCCGGAAAAGUCGUGCAGUGGUGCGAGCAACUGAGAGUGCUCUGCCACACCGCAAUCGGAGGAUUCUGGACGCACUGUGGGUGGAAUUCUACAGUGGAAGCGAUGUACGCCGGCGUGCCGAUGAUUGCUUUUCCUUUGAGCGCCGACCAGCCGACUAAUCGGAAACUUAUAGUGGAGGAUUGGAAGAUCGGGUGGGGAGCGGCGGGGGAAGGGAAGUUGCUGAGGAGCAGGGAGAUUUGCAGGCUUGUGAGGAAGUUGAUGGACAUGGAAGGCGGCGAGAGGAAGGAGAUGGUGGGGAGAGUUGCAGAGGUGCAGAAGGCGUGUUUGGCUGCGUUUUCCGAUGGAGGUUCUUCUACGGCCAAUCUUUCUGCUUUUCUCACUAGCCUCAGUGCAUAGAUUUGAAUCCGUGUAGUGAUAUGACCGUAAUUGUUAUAAUCACAAUCGCCAACGUUGAUUGUAUGACCAUUCCAUAAAUAA